AUGAAGAUAAAUGACAAUGGUGGAGGCAUUAGGUCCAAAGAGUGGAUCUCCUACAGCCUACCCUUUGGGAAUAAGAGAAAUAUUGUCCACCUGAAAGCUAAGAGAAAUUUGGUGUCCCCACAUUUCUCUGUGUUCACCUACACAGAACAGGGAGUGCUCCUUGAAGAUCAACCGUUUGUCCAGAAUGACUGCUACUACCAGGGCUAUGUGGAAGGGGACCCAGAAUCCCUGGUAGUUCUUAGCACCUGUCUUGGUGGCUUGAGAGGAACACUACAAAUAAAUAAUAUUCUUUAUGAAAUCAAGCCCAAGAACCUUUCGGCCACCUUUGAACAUCUGGUUUAUAAGAUGGACAGUGAGGAGACUUCCCCCCCCAUGAAAUGUGCCAUAACAGAAGAAGAAAUUGCACAACAAUUGAAGUCUCAAGAGAGUGAUGAUUUUAUACCGAGGCAAAGUGGCUAUGAAGGCUGGUGGACCCACAAAUUGUUUCUUGAACUUGCAUUUGUUGUAGACAAUAAGCGGUUCCUUGAUCGCAAACGCAAUGUAUCCAGGGUGAUACAGGAAGUAUUUGUCAUUGUCAGUGAAGCAGACUCCAUUUUUUUUGCACUGGAUAUUGAAGCAUCUUUAGUUGGACUUGAGAUCUGGACUGAAAAAAAUCAUGUACAAGGAACUAACUUAGACAAGCUCCUGCUAGACUUUUGCAUGUGGAAGAGAUAUAACUUUAAUCCUCGUGUAAGAUCUGAUAUUGGACAUCUUUUAAUGCAACAACAUUUCGGUAGAGAUCUUGGCAAGGCAUAUAUUCAAACUGUGUGUAAUUCAAUUUUUAAUUGUGGAGUUAAUCGUAUACUAGGGGAGAAUUUGUAUCAUAUUGGACACAUUGUGGCACAUGAGAUUGGUCAUAAUUUGGGCAUGUUUCAUGAUAGAGCUCACUGUACCUGUGGAGUGAGAGUAUGCAUCAUGGCUCCAGCAGACAAUUUUUCCAGAAAAUUCAGCAACUGCAGUUAUGCUAAAUUUAUAGAGACUAUUGAACGGACUGAUUGUAUGCGUUUGCCGCCUCAUCCAUUACACAUCUAUAAACAUGAGUUCUGUGGGAAUCAUGAGAUUGAUGUUGGAGAAGAAUGUGACUGUGGAUCCAUAAAAUUGUGUAACCAAGACCCAUGUUGUCUGGCAAACUGCACUCUGCAAUCUGAGGCUGAAUGUGCUUCCGGGCUCUGUUGUGAAGAUUGUCAACUCCUGCCUUCAGGUACAGUGUGCAGAGAAAAGGGAAAUGUAUGUGAUCUUCCUGAAUGGUGUAAUGGGUCUUCGCAGCAUUGUCCAGAAGAUGUGUAUUUGUCAGACGGGUCACCAUGUCCUGGUAGUGGCUAUUGUUAUGAAAACAGAUGUAAUAACCGAGAUGAACAGUGCCAGAAGAUUUUUGGGAGAAAAGCCAGGAAUGCAAAUCAGCUUUGCUACAGGGAAAUGAACACCCGAGGUGACCGUUUUGGAAACUGCGGUUUCACUAGCAAUGAAUAUAGGAAGUGUGACAUCUCAGAUAUCUACUGUGGCAGAAUUCAGUGUGAGAAUGUGGCAGAAGUCCCGAUGUUGGCAAGCCAUUCUACUGUACAUUGGACACACUUUAAUGAGGUCACCUGCUGGGGAACUGACUACCAUUGGGGGAUUGAGAUGCCUGAUAUUGGUGAUAUAAAAGAUGGCUCAGAAUGUGGUAUAAAACAUCUAUGCCUACACAGGAAGUGUGUCCCCAUGCCAGUGUGGGCACAUGAUUGUUCUCCGAGAACCUGCAAUAUGCGAGGUGUCUGCAACAAUAAACAGCAUUGCCAUUGCAAUGAGGGGUGGAAGCCACCGAAUUGCUGGAACAAGGGCUUUGGGGUUUGCACUUCUAAAGGAUUGAUGCUGACAGAAAAGAACCCAAUAGAAGUCCAGUUUACAAACAACCAACACAAAGGGGACCUCCAUAUUGGGCAGGGUCAACAUCACAGCUUCCCAGAAGUCAUAAUACCCUUGAAGUUAGGUGGUCCUGGUGGAGGAAUGAAGACUCCAGACUGGCUCUCCUGUACUUGGGGCCAGAGACACAUGGUCCACUUGAAGGUCAAGAAGUUUCUAGUACCCAAACAUUUCUCUGUAUUCACCUACACAGAGCAGGGAGCUCUCCUUGACAACAGGCCUUUUGUCCAGAAUGAUUGCUACUACCAGGGCUAUGUAGAAGGGGAUCCAGAAUCCCUGGUAGCUUUUGACAUUUGUUUUGGGGGAUUUCAGGGAACACUACAAAUAAAUGAUAUGCUUUAUGAAAUCAAGCCCAAGAGCCCUUCUGCUACCUUUGAACAUCUGGUUUAUAAGGUGGACAGCAAGGAGACACAUUUUCCUCCCAUGAGAUGCAGUAUAACAGAAGAAGAAAGAGCACAAUUGAUGUUUCAAGACCAUGGUGAUUUUAUGUGGAGGCCAAGUGGCUAUGAAGACUGGUGGACCCACAGGUGUUUUCUUGAACUUCCAUUGGUCGUGGAUAAUCAACUAUUCAACUAUCAUAAAACAUAUGCUGGAAGCGUCUGUCUUCCACGGAAUUGUGGAGUGGAUCAAGUCAUAACUAAGAACUAUUUCAGCAUUGGAAAUACUGUGGCCCAUGAAAUUGGACAUAAUUUGGUCAUGAGGUAUGAGGGUUCAGAUUGUAAUUGUGGAAGAUGACACUGCCUAAUGUCUCCAGCACAGACUUCACAAAUAAAAUUUAGUAAUUGUAAAGAGUGUGACUGUGGAUCUUUAAAAUUGUGUGAAGAGGACCCAUGUUGUCUGGCAAAUUGCACUCUGAAAUAUGGGGCUGGAUGUGCUUUUGGACUCUGUUGUCAAGGUUACCACAUUAUGGAAUUAGGCACCAUGUGUAGAGAAGAGGUCAAUGAAUGUGAUCUUCCAGAGUGGUGUAAUGGAACUUCACAGCAUUGUCCAGAUGAUGUGUAUUCACAAAACUGGUCCCCUUGCCUCAUCAAUGGCUACUGCUAUGAAAACAGAUGUAAUCACAGAGAUGAACAAUGUCGGAAGAUGUUUGGUAGAACAGCUAGGAGCGCAAAGCAGAAAUGUUAUGAGGCAAUGAACAUGCAAGGUGGCCAUUUUGGAAACUGUGGUUUAGUUAGCAAGCAAUAUGUACGUUGUAAUACCCUUUGUGGCAGAGGUCGAUGUGAGAAUGUGGCAGAAAUCCCCAUGUUGGCAGAUUAUUCUAUGGUACAUUGGACUUACUUCAAUAAGGUCACAUGCUGGAGUACUGAGUACCACUGGGGGAUUUUAAUACCUGAUAUUGGUGGUGUAAAGGAUGGCACAAAGUGUGGAAGAAGCUGUGUGUUCAACAGGACAUGUAUCCCAAGGCCACAUUCGUCAACUGUUUGUUUACCCAAGAAAUGCGAGAUGCAAGGAGUCUGCAGCCAUAAACUCCGCUGCCAUUGCAACUCUGGGUGGCAGCCCCCCAUCUGCCUGGCAAAAGGCUUUGGAGGUAGUGUUGACAGUGAACCACCUCCUGAGAAAGGACAAUGA